AUGAAUAGUGCACCUGUUAGGGCAAUAGAUCCAUUUGGACUUCGAGCAUCUUCAGCUCUUCGCGGCGUUUUAUUUGGCACAGCAGCUAGCAUUAACAAUUUACGAAAGGAUAUCGACGGUGGCCAGUACAACUCCUUUAUAAAAAAAAACUAUCAUGUGAUUGAGCCGGAGAACGAUUUUAAACCUAUGAAACUGUGGCGUGGUAUAAACAAUUACAGUUGGAUCGACUGUGAUUGGCUUUUGGGCUCGACACCAAAUUCCACAGGAUGGGCUCAACAGAAUGGAAUGCAAAUACGAGGACAUACUCUAGUGUGGGCUCAAGACAAAUAUACGCCAGACUGGUUAUUGAAACAGGAAUCGUCAUUAUCAUCCGACAAAGUCAAGUUAUUGUUGAGUGAUUACAUUCAUGCAGUAGUCGGUCGCUACCGAAGCAAAGUACUUUGGUGGGAUGUAGUAAAUGAAGCCGUCGAGGAUUCGAAGAAUAAUAGUCGUCCAUUUAAUUUGCGUGAUUGCUUUUGGUAUCGAAAAUUGGGCCAAGAUUUUGUUAAAUAUGCUUUUAUGUUUGCUCAUCAAGCUGAUCCUCAGGCUCAAUUAUAUUACAAUGAUUAUAAUAAUGAAGAUAUGGGAUCAAAAUCAAGUAGAGUACUUGAACUAAUCAAAUGGGUGAGAUCACAAGGUGCUACCAUUCACGGUGUUGGUAUGCAAUGGCAUAUACGAAUCUCACGAACAGUCAAUCCUGGUGAUCAACAUUACCAGAAUGCUCAACGAUUAAUAGACAAUGACUUUGAUUUCAUGGUAACUGAGUUAGAUGUAGCUAUUCCGAUAAAUGCAGGAAAUCCUCGAGAUCCGAAUGAUUUAGAGAGACAAGGCCGUCUCUAUCGUGCUCUCUUGAAGUAUGCAUUACACUUUUCUCCAAGAUGUCGUGCACUAAUCACUUGGGGUUUCACCGAUCGAUACAGUUGGGUUCCUGCUUUUUAUAACAAUACGGAAGGAGCUGCACUACCUAGUGACUCGAAUUAUCAGCUGAAACCGGCCUAUAUGCAAAUGCAAGAAGAAUUAGCUCGUGUUCUUCCCGAUGGCAUUUAUCGUCUCGCGCCGAAAUCACAACCAGAUAAAUGUCUUAGUACUUAUGUCAAUGGCAACGUCAGUAGAGUUCAAUUAGAAAGUGGAGGAUGCAAUAGUGCACAUCAGAAAUGGAAUAUUAGUUGGCUUGAUAAUGGUACUUAUCGAUUAUCGUCACAAAAUGCCAACGCCAGUGCUCUUACCGCUUACAAUGUAACGGCAAAAACUGGUGGAGUUCAAACAAACAAUUGGUCAAGCAAUGUUAAUCAGGAAUGGGUACUUUCUUCGUACGGAAACAAUGUAUUCCGCUUCCGACCUCGAAAUGCAUGGUGGCGUGUAUUUGCUCUUCAUGAUACAUCCAACGUCGGCAUCGUCGAUUUUGUUCAAAACGAUGCCCUACGUUGGAUUUUAACUAAAGUUUAA